CGAAUAUUCUUUAUAAUAAGGAAUAUGGAUUGUUUCCCCCGAAAACAUAAAUAAAUGGCCACCGUUUUUAUUACGUUUUUCCUAAUCACACAACUUUAUGUUUGUAAGAUGGACGCCGACUGCAGGGAAAGACGAAGAAAUAUAUCUCAACGAAGGAAUCGGUGGAGCAUGAAUUCACAAAGAUUGGAAGAAAUUGUGGCGGAGCUGAUGAGACCCAUCAGCGACGUCCGCCGAAGUUUCGACACGGACCUAAGCGCGUUGUUGGAGGAGUACCUGACGGAGGCGGGCCUCCAUGCUCUGGAUGCAGAGGAGAGAGAGGUGGAGAAUGCCACUAUUCCAAACUUUGCAGAGCUAGCAUUGUUGCUGCAGCAAUCUGCCAGCAUCUACAGUAGGAAGGUUGACUUCCUUUACCAACAUGUACUAAAUGUCAGCGAAUCAUUACAUAAUAGUACUCAAGAAGCGACUGCGAGCACGAGCACGGACGAGCCCCAGACGCCGUCGAGCGGCCGGCGGCGCCGCCGGGCGUCCGCGGCCGGCGAGUUCGUGCGCGUGGAGCUGGAGGCCAGCGCGGCGGCGCGGCGCGAGGCGGCCGUGCCGCGCCCGCCGCCCACGCUGCCGCGCAUGUACGUGGAGCUGGAGCCGCGCGUGCUGGCCGACUGCGACGUGCCGCUGCGCGACUACGCCGGGGAGCCCAUCGGCCUGCUCGGCGACUUCCACGUCACCUGGCGAUUGCAGGAUGGACUCCUGGUGGAAGAGUUAGCGGGUGGAGGAGUGAGUGACUCAUCGCUGAGAGCCUUGCCGCUCACAGAGCUGCAGGCAGCUAUAGAGGCGGCGGCUCCGCCCUCGCCCCCUCCUUGCUUCUCGCCGCCUAGCUCACCGGUGCCGCUGCCUGCCACCUCGUCCCCGACACCACCCAGCUCCUCGCCGGUGCUCCUCUCUGCUCCCGCUACCCCUCCGCCAGAGAAGAGGGAGAGAAAGAGAAGAAACGACGGCAAUGUCGAAGACAUGGAGGGUGCUGUUAAACUACUAAUGAACAAAAGACUGCGGCGCAGAUUUCAAUGCGUGGAGGAGUUCAGUAUCCCGGAGGAGUGGGUGAGCCGCGUCGUGCGCGCGCGCAAGGCCGCCGUGCUGCACGCGCGCCGCGCGCUCGCCGAGCCGCCAGCCGCCGCGCUGGAUUUCCGUGGAUUCGAUAUCUCUGCCUCGGUAGACGUCGGAGGCUUCGUCGGGUGGAGCACGUCGGAGGCGGUACAAGCGGCGCUGGCGGCGGAGGCGACGGCGGCGGCGCGGCGCCCGGACGACAGCGACGACGACGGGUUCUUCGAGCAGAGCUCGCUGGGCGACUCCGACACGUCGCGCAACGACGACUGCGGCGCGCCCACAGCCACGGCGCUCGCGGCGCUGCCCGGCACGGCGGAGUGGUCGUCGUGGCGGGAGCGCGUGGUGGCGCGCGCGGCGGCGACGGAGGCGCGCGGCGUGGACGUGCAGCGCUCGGCCGCCGCGCUGCUGGUGGCGGCGCAGGCGCUGCCGCCCUGCAGUCCCUUCUCGACGUUGCUCGAGCGGACGGCCGAAGACGCGGGAGACGUGUCCAAGCUGUUCCUCGCCACGCUGUUCCUGGCGAACGCCGGCAACGUGCAAAUAGUUCAAGGGCCGGCCUUGACGUUGAACACCUUCUCGGUUCGGCUCGUAUCGACGGACGAGCGCCUGUACCGCACCGUGGCCGCAGCCGACGAGCAGUUCUUACGGUAAAGGCAGCAGGAGACUUCAUACUGUGUACAUGAUCACGAAACUUGAACUAUAAUGUGAUGGAGGUACUCUUAUUUGGUGCUGGUUUUAUUGACAAAGAUUUAUUGUGCGUUAUGGAAUUGCUCUAGUAAUAAACGGUGCGCUAUGCGAGUUAACAUAUCAAUGAACUGAAGAAGCUAAGCUGGCUGUGAGCGCGGUGGAUGUUAUUUAAAAAAAAAAAGAUUUAAAUAUAUAAUAUAUAGAGUGUAAAUAGUUAUACCAGUGUCAAUAUUGUAUAGACAACACAGCGUCAUUGCCCAAUACAUGUGUACAUGUUUGUAGAUUACAUGUAACAUUUGUUGUGUUCCACCUCAGAAUCUAAAACUUUACGCUUAUGGAGGUGAAAUUUAUAUGCAUGUAUUAUAUUUUAUGCUUUACACAGAUAUCUAAGUUUCUUUACUUUUAGUGUAAAUACAAAUGAAAUAACCCUUUACGUGUUCAGGUAAUAAUGUCUGCGUUCAUCGAAUUUUUAUUUUAUAUGAUAAUUUUAAAUUAUAAUAUAAUUCAAAUUGUAUUGUGGUCAUGUCAUACUUGAUAUUUAUUAUAAAUGCAGCUGUAUGUAUAAUGUAUAUAAAGGAAAUAGUAUGUUGGCAUAUCGUAUCGUACCCUUAUGUGUUGUAACUGUUGCUAAUGUAGUUGUCCAUUUGAAUUUAUUCAAUCACUGUUCUCUGUAGAAUCUGUCUAAUAUUUAAAAUAUACAAUCACAAAUAUUUAACUACUAAGGUAUUUUUCAGUGCAGAUAAUAUUCUCUCAUAUACAAUUAAAGCAUUUUGUAGUGACUUUCAUAUGAAGAUAUGGAGGUGACAAUUUAUAGCUAAAUAUUAUAUGAUUAAUGUACAUUUAUAUUAAAUAUAUUACACCACCAACAGACCCCACUACUGGUACCACUGGACGCAGCUUGUAACAACCAAAUACCAAAAACAUUAAUUAUACGCUCAAUUGCUGUAAGAGUGUAGAGAUAAGUUGUAAGUAUUAUCAAUGUGUCUGUGUGUGUGUGUGUGUGUGUAUCGUCGGAGGCAGGGUACUCUUAUAGACCUAAUUGGGUUGACAGCUCCCUUCAGUGCACUCUGUUUUAUUUAUUAAACGAAAGAUCUUUAAACUUCUUUACCUAAUCUUUAGAGUAUUUACUAUAUCGUAACUUAAAUAUUUUAUAAAUAAUACCGUCCCUUUUGACAAUUAUUAGAAUAAGAAAAAUGUAUUUUUUUAAAUAUAAAAAAUAUAUUUGCGGACUUAAUGACUUCUAACAAUAACUAUUAAUAGUAAAAUAAGGACUAAAUUUAUAAAAUUUUAGCACACUAAUAUCUUUCUGAACAAAUAUUGUUUUCAAAAUGUAUUAUGUAAUUCAUUAUUUAUACAUAUAUAAUUACAUUAACAGUGUUGUGAUACUGUUGAUUCGUAAGAUCUGAAUUAAAGUACAUAUAAAUUGUGCCUUCGAUAUUUCGGACACGGAGUGCACUGAAUAAUGUAAUUUGUAAAAUAAAUAAUGUAAGAGGACGGCUAUGAGCUGGUUGCGAGCACAAUGAGUGUAAAUAAAGCAAGGACAGACUCGUGGGAGUGGCCAAAAUAUAAAUAAUAUUGU